GCGGCUUUUCAAGCGAAAAAGUUCAAAGGAAUAACCAACCAACACGGGCUAGCGGCAAUGCUGAUGCUGUUGCUGCUAUCGAUCGACUCGGUGACUUGCCGACCUCUCCCUACCGACGACUGGCAACGAUCAGCCGGCACAAACGGCAUCGUACCCAAUGACACUCUGCUGCCUUGCGUCGAAUCGGCGGAUUGUGUAGGACGCGUAUUUGGUUCGCAUUCGGAAGACGUUUCGAAAUUCGGUAACGUUCCGCCAUGCAUUUCUUACGGCUGGGUUCGAUGCAUUCAACAUGCUGGCCCUGUUAUCGACGAUUCUGCUCACGGCCAACUCGCUCCUCCACCUAAACUCCACUAUUAUCCUAAAGAAAAGCAUACGCCAAUCGUCGAGCCGUACGGUACGCAUUCGCAGGUUUCGCCGCGUCAAGACCACGUCAAAUACAAGACGUCCAAUCGACCAGCACAAGAAGAACAUUCGAUUGAACCAGCUCGAUAUGCAGCAGUCAAUAAUCAGCGAAUCGAAUGGCACAACUGGGGCCUUCAGCCAAACGAAGCGGGAAGAAAACAGGAGCGUCAGUUUGUUGGUGCGGAAAGUUUAGCGAUACCUGCAGAGAAACGAGCGAGAUUCAACAUGGGCGUCUUCCAAUUUCAUCAAACUUCGCCGCCGCCUCUUGUUAAUAAGCAGACGGUUGAAAAUAUCAGGGGUAAUCAGCCAAGCCAAUGGCAUGAAUCUCCAGAGCUUGGUGGGCCAACGGAGCGACCUGUCGAAUUCCACCAUGGCCAGCAGCGAUUUGAACAAUCACCUGAGCAGCUUAUGAAAGCGGCCAAGUUUGGCCAGCAGAAGAAAGAAGAGCACGGCGUGCGCACCGGCCAAAAUCAAUUGACUCACACAGUUGGCUAUGAAUUUCUUGAUAAUAACUUGGCGGAGCGUCAGCCAUCGAGGCAACACAACAAACCCGAGCAGCCUGUCCGUCAAUUUGCCGACGAGCGUGAGCAGAAAAGAAUUGAAAGGCCGUUCGAACAUCAUCCGCAGAGCGGCCAACGAGAAAUAGCCGAUGCGAUUCAACGAUUUAUUAAGGUAGCUCCAAAGCCUGUUGAAGUCCAUUUGCGUGAAGAAUCUAAUGGGCUCUUUCAAGUGACACCCCGUGCCGAACCAAUUCAGCCAGGUGAGCGGCUAAUGAGUUCUCGACCGUUUGUGGAGCUACCUGAUGUCCAACGAAAAUUAAACGAACCUUCACAAGGGUUUGACCGGGUUAGUCAACAGCUUGUCGAACCAGCUCAGCAAAAACAAUCUGUCAGACGGCCUGACAUGGAAAGGCAGGGCUUGUCUCAAGCCACUCAACGGCCGCUUGAAUUUCAAUCACCGGCUAAGCCUAUUGUCCAGCAGCCAAUGUCUUUUGAGAACGUACAACAACGUCCAUCUGCAAAGCCUCUGCAUUUCGUGAAAGAAACGGUCGUUUGGGUUACGGGUCCUCCACGUCUGCCGCAAACAACUGCACGACCAUCACCAGUGGAGAGGCUGGAACAACCGGCUGCCAAGUCGAGUUCAUUGAUCGCAUCACCUGAGUUUAUCGAGCCGGCCAAGUCAUCUCUGGAGAGCCUCUUGAUUCGAUUCAAUUCGGCUAAGGACACGCAGCAGGCCGACGAACAAUUAACGGCUUUGUUAAAAUUCUUCGCUAUGCCAGCCAAUCAACCAGCCAGCCCGGACGAAGCGUUAACCGACUCUUCAGAUGCAGCGCCACCUUUCACCGGCAAACACGAAUCAAAUGUCGUUCCCUUCAUCGCCUUCUCCGAACCACUGCCUUUGGAACCGGCUUCCAAUGCGUUGUUCUAA